AUGUACAACGUCCAGGGUCUAUCAUCAAAAUUAGCUGAAGUACAAUACUUACUUGAUCUAAAACAUCCCACCGUUCUGGCUUGUGUUGAAACUGGUAAUACUCCAUUGAAAUUAUUACCAUCUUAUUUUUCCUCGUAUUGUCGAUAUUUUACAGCCGGUACAAAUGAGCACGGUGGUGUUUUAAUAUUAGUACACACGUCUGUACCAUCAAAAUUAGUCCAUACAGAAUCCAAUAUUUUAGAUGUUGAAGUCUCAUUAGAAUGUUGUCGCUUAAAUGUGAUCGGUGUAUACGGUCGUCACCGCUUCCAAUCAAAAGCUUCCGAAACAUCGUCACUACCAAUACAGCGAGACAAACACUACUAA